AAUGAAUAGUCAAUUGGAUGUAGAGGAUCUAAUUAAGAAUUGUGUUAAACAUGGAUAUAAUCUACUUAAUCUAUCGUUUCGCUCGAUAUUUGUUUUGAAUCCAAGCAUCAUUCAAGCUCAACAUAUAAAUGAAUUGUAUUUAAACGAUAACAAAUUAGCAAUGCCUCCUGUUGAAUUAUGUGCAUUAACAAAUUUGACUGUAUUAUCUUUAGAAAAUAACGGGUUAACUAUGCUACCUGGUGAAAUUUGUAAACUUCAAAAGUUGAAUACUCUAAUUCUAAAUGGAAAUCCCUUAACAAUUUUGCCAGAACAAAUUGCUUCUUUACUUAAUUUAUCCGAAUUAUUUAUAUCAGAAGUUCAGUUAACCUAUUUACCGGACGGAAUUUGCGAGUUAGUUAAUUUGAAAAUUCUAUCCGCAAAGAGUAAUAACAUUAACAGAUUUCCUGAAAAUUUCAUCAAACUGAAAUCACUGAGUUGGUUGAACAUGUGCGAUAAUGAAUUGUUAUAUUUACCUACAGAUUUUUACAACCUUCAGAAUCUAUUCUAUUUGAAUUUGGAUAGAAAUAAAUUAACAAACAUUCCAGAAUGUUUAACUAAAAUGAAGCAAUUAAGCAGCAUUAGUCUUCAAUUCAAUGAGAUUAGUGAAUUGACGGAUGAUACUUUACUCGGUCUCAGUCAUGUUUCUAAAUUAGAUCUUCGCAAUACAUCGGUUAUUGACGGAGAUAAUCGUUGGAAGAGUAUGGAUCAUAUUUAUAUUGGAAAAUUAGGAUUAGAUAACGAAGAUAUUAAAAUAAUUAAUGAAGCCAACGAUGGCCUGGUACUGAAAGAAAUGUAA